AUGGCUUCAAACGAACAAGCUCCAAGUUCAAGCAACCCAAACCCAACGGUUACCGGUGUCGUCUCAACUCCCAUCUAUAAAGAGCCUCACAUUCUUGAUCGUGAACCUCACAUCAAUCUUGCAACACCACUUGAGAAAUUGGAAGUGUUAUGUGAAUCCUUGGUGGAUUUUGACAACAUGCGCAGAAAUGACAUUGACCUCACUGACGAACUCAGGAAUCAAGCGAUCCCUCUAGACCCUAUGGAUCCUGCUCCUGCCAAAGAACCUACUCCUUCGACACCAGAGGCACAGGCUGCUCCUGAGAAAUCUUCUGAUGAUGAUGAGCAUCUUAUUGCUCAAGUUUUGAAAAAACCCAAUUUUUCGGCUGAUGCUUCUACUGAGCCGUCUCAACCCGUUGCCGACUAUACUCCUUCGUCGCCGGUUUCUUCUCCAGCUCACCCACUACAAUCUGUCAACCGCUGUCCUGCAAUGUAUACGGAUUCCAAUUCGACUAGUUCUGACUCUAGUCUCUCUUCAGCUUCCUUGCCUUUGCAGGAUCCAAGGGGACCAGUGGGUGUCGACACCAAUAAGAAACCACCUUCUCAAACUACUCCUCCAUCAAAUGCUUCUCCUUCUUCUCAAACUACUCCUCUAUCGGCUGUUUCUCCUUCAUCUUUCUAG